GUAGACGAUCAUGGCGCCGGUGGCCGCCUUCACCAUGGCUGGUCUGUUGUUUUUCUACACGCGGUCGUCAAUUCGCGCGGCAAGGCGAAAUGCGAGAGAUCACCAUCACCAGCACCAGCACCCACCACAGCAACAACAUGACGAUGAGAGGCGCCGGUAACGCGAUGGAUACAAACCGGGUUCUUCACACGAUGGGAGAGGUCGAGAUGUCUCGAGGGUGUUCAGUCAAAGGCAGAAAGAUACCCAGUUCCCAUUGCUAUCAGAAAAAAAGGAAACUUCAAAGAGAUAUUAUAUACAGACAUUGCCUAGUUGCCAUUUUUCGACCCAAACCAUCCAACAGAGAGCACAGAAAACAACCAUCUGAGCAAGGAAAUCCCAAGUGCGCACCCUCGUUGCCUAGGUAUCCUUUCACCGUCACCCCCUCCCCCCCCCCCUCGUUUUACUCCUCCUUCUUAUCUCCCUCCCCAUUAGCCUCCUCCUCCGCCUCCUCCUCCGCCUCGUCCUUCCCAUUCUCCUUCUCGUCCUCCUUCUCCUCACCCUUAGCCUCACCAUUCCCAUUCGCCUCCUUCGCCUCCAACUCCGACUUCGUCUCCCCCUCCACCUCAGCCUUCGACACACCAUCCCCCUCCUUCCCCUCACCACCAGCACCACCAUCCUCCCCCACCACACCCUCCACCACCUCCCUCACCACAUCCACCGUCUUAUCCGGCCCGCCCGUCUGCGCGGCAAGCACCUUCCCCGCCUUAUCCACGACAAAGACGCCGCGGGCGGUGCCGCGGGGCGCCUUCUGCAGGCCGACGGCGGCGAUCAGCGUCGCGCCCGGGUCGCACAGCAGCGGGUAGGGCAGGCGCUGCUUGGUGCGGAAGGUGGUGUUGGCCUUGGGCGAGUCGGCCGAGAGGCCGUACAGCGCGAGCCCCGAGGCCGUGCUCAGC